ACUACCUCGCUGUGUUUUUUUAUUUGCAUUUCGGAAAUAAUUAAUAAAAAUAGUAAAAUAAUUAAUAAAAAUGAACAUUGGAAGGCUUCUUGCACCGCUUAGGAGUAACACGUGGUCGGUGCGAAGCUACGGAAAGCAUAACAAAAAGUUUCUCUAUAAGAAUGGCCAGAAAUUCGAGGGGAUUACAUAUUAUCCCCGGCACCCAGAUCACCAGGACCCACCCAUAGAGCCCGCCAAACUAUUCCGGGUGCAGCGCAUCAAGCCGGUGAAGGGCAAUCCCUACUGGGAGAAGCGAAUCCUCAAGGAUCUGGGACUCGAUGGCAAGCAAAGCGACUUCACAGUGGUCAAAAACAUCCCGGAAAACAAUGCCCGCCUGUGGAAGAUCAAGCACUUGGUCAAGGUCACCCCCGUGACGUUUCCCUACGGAGAACCCAGUGCGCAGGAUGUCCGACACACGAUACUUAAGGAGAACGGCGAAUGCCUGGUCACCAAGGAUCUGGGACCCAUUGAAACCCGCUUGGCAGCGCGCCAGGAAUACGAUGAGCAGCCCAAACGACUAGACACCGAUCUGCUGCGCAAAGAUGCGCGCCUCAAGUGGCUGAAUCCUUGGUAGUUUGGUAGCCCAAUCACUUUAAUGCUUAAAAUAUUUUUUCAAAAAUACAAAACCUUAAUAAGUCUAAGUCUUA